UCGAAUACCGCGACUCAAGUCCACUUUGACAGUCCGGCGUAUUGUAAAUUGUUUUGAUUUAUAGUGCGGACACGUCGCAAGCACGGAUCACGUUUCGGCGGACGACACUGUUUCCGAAACUUUUUAUUUUAGGUAUCACGAUUAUACACGUGCGAAAUGAUUGACAAUUUAGCAGCGAGAUCGAUAAUAAAGCGUCAUACUUGGAUAAGAGCUUUCGUUAACGUUUAACCUUACUCGGUUUUAUCAACAUAAUUGUCGUGCGAUAAAAUGAUUUCAUAACCUUUUUUUUUACGAUGUAUAAUAUAUUUCCAAAGGAGAAAUUAAUUUAAGACGAUGUUCGAGUGGGCAUACGAUGGUAUAAACAGCUCCAUACCACGCAACGUCGGUCCAGAAUGCGCAAAUUACCUGUCUCUGAAGCGAAGGAUAAUAGAAACACUAUUUAUAUCUGUAUUUAUCAUAUCCUGCAUCGUAUGGGGCCUCAAACAUGUAACGUUGCCAAAGAAAGUAGCCUAUGUCAAUCAGGACUGUGUGGGCAGAAGAGUCUUGCUAAUUAUAAUGUCACUAGUCCUAGGAAUGGAGAUUGGUUUUAAGUUUACUAGCAGAACCGUUAUAUAUUUGUUAAAUCCGUGUCAUAUUACAACGGCGCUACAGCUGUAUCUGCUGGCUGCGGAUCCUAGCCCAACAGUCACAGCUAUCUUCAGGAUACAUUUGAAUCUGUUGAAUGGACCAGUAUUGGCAUAUCUGUUUCCAGAAACAGAAUCUAGAAUUAUAUUUGCAGACAAAUCAAUGUAUUAUAUUCAACAUGGUUUGAUGCUAGUAAUACCAUAUUACUUGUUAAGGAUUGGAGGUGUAUAUAACAUUGAGCCUUUCUCCGAUAUGAGCUGGUCAAUCCUCAGUUUUGGCCUCAAUGCAGGAUAUCACUUUUGGAUUCUUCAAAGUGUUGCCUUGCCUGUACAGGUGAAUCUUAGUCACAUGUUAUGCGCAGCUGUUUUGGAUCCAUUUGAAGGUCAAAAUUAUCGAAUAUGGGCAGUAACUCAUCAAUCAAUAUUAUGUCCCAUACUAUCUAAACUGUUUAGUUAUGGAUCCAAUUUUUUCUUAACCAAAUUUCCACCAACUAGGGUUAAGCCAACAUUAGAAUGCACAAUUCCAAAUAAGAAUUGUACACAUGAACAAAACGAGAAGUUACAUGAAGACUCUAAUACCUCAGGAAACGGCCAUACACAUUUUGAUUAAUUUGAUGGCGGGUAUUGUUAUAUCAAGGGUAUAUGACACUUCAUCUUGAUCGAACUAACGCAUUUAAUUAUAUCUGUUAUACCAUCUUUAAACAUCAUCUAUAGGAAAGUCGACAAAAAAGGGGGAAAAUUAAACUUUAUAAGUUUAACUUUUUAUUAUACACUAAACACAUAACGCGAUGAUUAAUAUAUUCCCAUUAUAUAUUUUUUUUUAUUGAAUAUAAAGAGAAAACUUAAUACAGAAAAAAUACUAAGAUAACUUGAUACAAUUGUUGAUCGUAUUGGUUUUAAUUCAUUAGUCCACCAGAUACUGAUUGAUAAAUAGUCAAUUUGAAAUAUAAAUUUCUGUCCAAAUGCUUAUCAUGCCUAGUGCUGUGCAUAGAUUAAGAAUCUCAGAGAUAGUGUGAGGCUUAAGCUGACGUCCAGUAACAAGAAUAAUCAUACAUAGACAAUUUUAAAAAUAUAAUUACACUAUAUAUCUUUUACUAGAUAAAAAUGCAUUAUAAAUGAACCAUUUCACGCAUUUUUAUAUUCAUUUUUGCUGUGUGAAAUAAGAAUGGAAAUAUUCAAAUAACGAAACUGCAAUAUUGUACCUACAUAUUAUAUAUAACAGGUAGGCAAAAGUUUGAGAUUUUAUGGUGAAUCUUCUUAGUAACAUGAUCCGAGAUGCGUUAAGAUAGCCCAACGUCUGCUCUAAAAACACAUGACUAUAAUAACUAAACAGAAAAAAAUUUAUUUAUUAAUAAUUAACAUUACAUUAGUGUGUUGUAUUACUAAUAUUAUAUUAAUCAUUAUUUAAAGAAUGUAAUAUUAAUUUUUAUUUUUGCUUCUUUUUUUCAAUCUUAUUGUGGUUUCUGCAAGUAUUUUUAAAAAUUAUUAUGAUUUUAAUUGUAUUUUAGACAAAUAUUGUUUAAAUACGUUCUCUAAACUAUAAAAAAUUUUGAAUGAUUGUUAUUGAGCAUGAAGGUUUAUAACUAAUACUGCCUAUACUAAGGAAGACAAAUCGUGAAAUCUCCUGAACUUUCGCAGUUUAAAAAUAUAUAUAAUGUAGUCAUAUAAAUAUUUUGGCAACAGAAAUUGUGUUUUAGGUUUGAUUAAUAAUAAUCUAGAAGCUCCAUAAAGAGCUGACAAAACAAUUUGUGUGGCGCAUAUUCAAUGCUUUUAUUUUAAUAAAUCCAUGAUUCUAUUUGCAAAACUGGUCAUGUAUAUAAAAAUAUUUUUAUAUGACAGUUCCUACGAUUUAAUCCUUUACUAUACGUGUUCUCGUAUGUAGAAAUAUAUUCGCACUAAUGUAACAUAGCGAGAAAAUUUUAGAGAGUGUGCUUUUUACAGUAUGUAUGGCACAAUAUGCAGUAAAGAAAGUAGGAAUAAAGUACAGAUAUAAAAUAAAGAUAUAUAGUUAACACGACUUCGUAUUAAAAUACUAUACACGUGCAAAUUAUAAAUUAAUCCUUUAAACUAAACAGAAAUUGAAACUAUUUUGAAUAAUGCUUUUACAUACACAUGUAAAUGUGGAAUAUAUAUUAUCUAUAUUUUAUAUGCUUUCAAAUAAAACAUCUUUCAUAUAUGAAAUGAUGUUUGUAUAACAGUCAGUUUUGAAAACAUUGCCGCAGAUAUGGAAACGGCCUAUGUUACUCGUGUAGAAUUAGAUGAAAAUGCAUAAAGUUCCAUAAUUUCAGUAAGCUGCCAUUAAAGAAAUAACCUUAUUUUUCGACGAGCGUAGCUUGAUAUAGUACAGAAUUUAUGUUACGGUAUUAAAAAUGAUACUGAUAACAAUAAUGUUAGCAACGCCAUAGUAUUACUUAUGAUAUGAAAAUAAUUAACAUGGCGAUCUUGUAAUUUGAAUAUAAGCAUUUGAUUAUAUAGAAAUCUUUUUAGGAUACAGCAUAAUAAAAUAUAUCACAAGUAAUAUUAAUCUUUGAACUAAAGAGAGAACCAUAAUUCUUGCACGAGAAUGUUCCAAUUCUUGCAUUGGACAUGUAUACUAGUAUCUCGCAAAUUAAACUAUAACAGUAAGAUUAUUUUUGAGACAUGGUAUUAUAUAAAAGAGUAUUCUCUUAUAUUAAUUUUUUUUGUAUUUUGUAUUGAAAUUGUUUAUAUAUGUGAAUAGUUGUUUCAAAGAAAAGAUUGUCAUUGUGAACGUAUUAAUAUUUAGAUUAAUGCAAUUGAUUAGUAGAUUGCAAAUAUUUUAAGUGGGAGAAUUUGUGCAUCUAAAUUAUAUCUAAUUUCCAAAAAGCAAUAUAAUGUACUAUUAUUAUUUAAUAGUAUUUUUUAUUUAUUAAUCAAAAGCUAGUGGAGUAACACACUUUUUAUAUAAUUGCUAUAUGACAAUGCAAAGAUAUAUGUAUUGUAGAUAGCAUACAAAAAGGAUUAUCUUCAAAAAUUUUAUAUUGCAAAAUAUAAUAUUACCCAAUGCUUGUGAAAUCCAUUAUUAUAAUGAUAGAAAAAAAUUUGCAUACAUGAAAAAGAAGUAUAUAUAAAGCUGGAAUGAAGAUAAUUAACUAGUUCAUAUAUUUACAUAAAUAAAUAUAUUUUAUUAACAUUCCAUUUUUUAUGGAAUUUUGUAUUUAAUUAAUGAUAUAUAUUUCAAACUUAAUUUUUCGUUUGACUUAUAUAUUUCUCCAAUAUGUAAGUUUACCUAAUUAUAGACUGUAUUAAAAUGAAUUGUAUUUUUUGUGAGAAAAAUUCUCUUUGCACACGCUUAUUAGAAUAUAUCUCAUUUGUGUAUAGCUUCUCUUAAUACAAUUAUUGUAUUAAAUAAGUAUAAUAGGGAAUUAAAUUAAGGAAAAGUUAUAUAAUGUAAAAAAUAUAUAGUAUAAUCAGGUAUUUCGUACCAAAAGUUUAAUUCCUUAGAUAAGAUGAAUCACAUAGAUAUAUGAUAUGUCGCCAAUGAUAAUUCUAUUAGAUAUUACUACUUAGAAGUCAAAAAAUGUGAUUGUGUAUUCUUUUAGAGUUUCUAAUGCGUUUGAUAUGAUGGCAAUAUUCUUUUAAGAGUCAAGCAAUAUUUUCCUAAUGCGCGAUAAAACAAGUUUGCAGUUUCGUUGUUUGUAUAGUUUGUAUUAUUUUAAGAAUAAUUCCAUGCAUAUAACAAUAACAAGAUAUGUAAUAUGCAGCGCGCACACAUAUAUGCACAGAAUAUCCCAUAUAAGCAGUCAUUUUCUUUUAUCAUUUAAAUUAAAAGAAAUAGAUCAUAACAAAUAUAUAUUAAACAAAUAUAACAAUAUAUUUUGACAAUUAUUUUAUAAAUUAUUAUAUAAGUUUUAUUGUGAUUUGUGUGAAAAUUGGCACGUGAUUUCUAUUUUUUCAUUUUCGCGAUGUAGUCUACUUUCAAUUCCCAUACAUUAAUUUUGUGAUCGAUGAUGAUUGUGUGUUAAGUUACUAAUGCAAGAAUCGAAAGUCAGACCGUGGGAUACUCUAUGUAUAUAUAUUAUUAUAUAUUUACUGAAUUUUCGAAUGUCUGCGAGCGCACCCAUUUAUUAAUAUUGUAAUUUAGAUUGUAUUUCUUGCAAUUAUAAUCGAGAAUAAAUUUCCCGUCAGUUUCAGCCUCAUUUGUAUUGUAUUGAUAGUAUUGUCUGGCUUGUGCAAAAUACAUCGCCAGUAUGUAAAUUGUUCACGAUUUUAUAUAUCGUAUAUUUCGCGCGCGUGUUGCCUUUAUAAAUGCUGUACAAAAAAAAUACGCAAUUAUACUUCUUAUUCUUAUCAUAGAACAUACAACAUGUAAAUAAUAUUGGUGAAGUCGAAUACUAUUUGUGGAAUAAUAUUCUGGCGAUUUUAUUGUAAUUUAUGUUCUAUGAUGAUUUGCAUACAAAUAAAUGGAAAUUUUAUGGUGCAAUGCAAAUCAAUCCCCAAAAUAACUAUUGAGAUUCUGUUUCAAUAGAAUGUUUAGCCAAAUUCAAUCAUAAUAAAAAUAUAACGAUUUGUUCCGUGACACGUACACGCAUAUUUAAAAAAAAAAAUUCGGAAGAGUGUUUCUUCGCUCGAAUAUAAUCGAGAACAGGUGGAGGAGAGCUUUUUUAAAACUUAAUUUAGAUAUUUAUAAAGGCAAACCCUCUCUUGAUAUAGUGCCAUUGUGAGUUCUCGAAUUCACGAAUUAAUAGUCAGGUACUACUUAGAGAGAUAUCUGAGAUAGGUACAUAUGUAAUAUUGUUACUAUCACUUGCGUUCGAGUUGUGAAAAUAUUGUAAGAUUUUGGAUAAAAUGAAUAAAGGAAUUGUCU